UGCUGGGUUUAGGUGUACUUUAAUUCAUGCACAUAUGUGUUUCUAUGUAUAUAGACCAGGGGCGGACUGACCAUUUGGAAACUCAGGCACUGCCCGAGGGCCCGGGGUCAGUAGGUUGCCCCAUGAGAUGCCCCUGGUACCUUUUUCAUAGGCUUUUUGAGUUUGGUGUGGUCAAGGACACAGAGGCCCCAUGAUCCCCUGUUGCUCGGGGGCUCCAUGAGUUGUCAGUCCUCCCCUGGUUGGGAUACAUAGUAUCUUUCUUUUCCCAUGAAGAGCCUGCCUGUUUACAGUUUUUUGAAUUGGAGACUUUAGUUUUUCUCCUUAAGACCACACAUUACUGCUUUUUUUGGGUGUGCUUUGAGUGUGGGCAAGGACACAGGGGCCCCAUGAUCCCCUAUUGCCCGGGGGGCCCCAU